AUGACCGAAACUAACUUCACCUAUCAUCGAAUCAACAACGAAGAAGCUAUUCAAAAGUUAGAUAAUCAAUAUGUGGACUUGGCAAGUGCAUCACUCGGUGCUACAGUUAUUUCUUGUAGUGAUGAGUUUUUCGCUGAGGCGAGGAAUUUGCUUAAACCUGGAAACGCAAAGAGAGAAAUUGGCAGAUAUACAGAGAACGGUGCCUGGAUGGACGGCUGGGAAACUCGUCGACAUAAUCCCCUAAAGUUUGAUUGGGUGAUCAUCAAGUUAGGAUUUGCAGGACAUAUUACCGGAUUUGAUAUUGAUACGUCACAUUUCAAUGGUAAUCAAGCACCGGCUGCCAUCGUGAAUGCAUGUUAUUCGCCAAAUGGUGAUCCUGAUGGUGAAACUAAGUGGGAGGAGAUUUUACCCAAAGUGAAUCUCAAUGCAACUUCACAUCAUUAUUUCGGUGUACCUAAAACGAAAUCGACAUAUACACAUGUUAAAUUAAGUAUCUAUCCUGAUGGUGGUGUGGCACGACUUCGAGUAUACGGCAUAGUAAGGGCGAUAUGGCCCGCUGAUCCAUCAGCACCAGUUGAUCUCGCAUUCGUUGGUAACGAAGGCCGUGCAGUCGCUUGCAGUGAUCAACAUUACGGCAUCAAAGAUAAUCUUUUAUUGCCUGGUCGCGGGAUAGAUAUGGGCGAGGGAUGGGAAACAAAACGUUCUCGUGAACCAAAUCAUAAUGAUUGGGUUAUUAUAAAAUUGGGUCACCCGGGUUAUUUGGAGACUGCAGAAAUUGACACUGCUCACUUCAAGGGAAAUUAUCCUAAAGAAGUUAAAUUGGAUGGGUGUUUCUCUGAAUCGGAAAUUCCUGGUGAUGAUGCUGAGUGGGUCGAAAUUUUGGGGUUAGCGAAACUUGGUCCACAUAAACAACAUUUGUUCAAAUUGUCUGUUUUAGAAAAAUUUAGUCAUGUAAAGAUGACUAUUUAUCCAGACGGAGGAGUAAUGAGAUUACGCAUAAUUGGCCGAAGGGAAUUACCAAAUAUAAAUAUUCUACAUCCAGUCACUAUUCACAACCACAUCAGUAUACACACUACCAACAAUCAAUUCAACCCACGAAUUAUCGUCGCCGAGAAAUUAACACAGUAUGCGUAUGCUGCAUACGGUGAAGUAAUUCAAGCAUUCACCGAGCCACAUCACACCUCGUCCACAUCAAUCUCGAUCACUAACGGCAUCAAAGUGACGCCUGCCAAUCAAGGCACGGCACGAAAAUACAACCAUAUAGCACGUGUGAUUAAUUUCCGACAAACACUUUAUUCGGAUAGUGAAGGAAAAUCAAUCGCGAAGGCUGAACCAAAUCUUUCCGUUUUUCACUGUAAACCGGCCACUAAAUUGCCAUUUGAAGUGAAAUUGCUUGAGCGACAUUCGUAUUCGUCGCAAGCGUUCAUUCCGAUGGCUAAACAAAAUGUGAGCGGGUAUUUGGUGAUUGUUUGCUUGAAUGGAAAUGACGAUAGACCAGAUUUGAGUACCCUAAAAGCAUUCACCGCAUCUCGUACACAAGGGAUAAGUUAUAAUCCAGGUGUAUGGCAUCACCCAAUGAUAGCGCUAGAAGAGACAACCGAUUUCGUAUGUUUGACGCACGAAUCGGGUGUAUCAAUAGAUGACUGCGAAGAAGUUUUUUUGAAAGAAGAAAACGUGAUCCAAGUCGAAGUUAACGGAUUUAGUGGAUCUGAACAACUGAAGCGUAAGACCGAAGAUGCUGAUUGA